AUGUCGCGUUCCAAGCGGCGCCUGAAUCACAACGAUCUCAAUGCCGACACCAUCACGCAAAAUGUCAUUGCCUUGAAUUCCGGGAGCCCGAAUGAGCGCCUGGGCUUUAUUCUGGAGCGACUGGUUCUCCAUCUGCAUGAUUUCGUCCGGGAAACACGACUGACAAGCCAAGAAUGGAUGGAAGGGCUCUUGUUUCUAACCAAGACCGGCCAGACUUGCACGCCCCUUCGCCAGGAGUUCAUUCUACUUUCUGAUAUCCUGGGCUUGUCGCUCCUAGUAGAUUCCAUCGAUCACCCCAAGCCGGCCAACUCGACUCAAGGAAGCCUCCUGGGCCCGUUUCACACACACGAUGCAAACACCAUGUCGAGCGGCGACCGCCUGUCAUCGGACCCCAAGGGCGAGGAUUGUCUCGUGCUCUGCACGGUCAAAGACGUCGAGGGGCAGCCACUGGAAGGAGUCAAGAUUGACAUCUGGGAGACGGACUCGUCGGGUCACUAUGACACGCAGUAUGAAGACAGAGCCGCGCCAGAUGGGCGGGCCGUCAUGACCAGCGAUGACCAAGGUCGGUUCUGGUUCAAAGCCAUCAAGCCGGUAUCUUACCCCAUUCCGCACGAUGGACCCGUCGGCAAGCUGUUGGCCUCACUUGGUAGACACCCUUGGAGGCCAGCGCACAUGCACUUCAUGUUUAAGAAACCCGGAUAUGACGAGCUGAUCACGGCCCUUUUUCUCCGGGGAGACCCAUACGAGACUUCAGACGCCGUGUUCGGCGUCAAGGAGUCGUUGUUGGUGGAUUUGGAUACGGUGUCGGCUGAAAUGGCCACCAUGUACGGGGUACCCGAGGGCAGCUACUUGUUAAAGCACGAUUUUGUGCUUGUUACCGAGCAAGCGGUCCGCACGUUGAAGGAUGAAAAUGCUCGCCGGGCUUCAGCAUCCUUCAAUCAGGGGGAAAGGGAGGCCGGAGCUUUGAGGCUCAGCCUCUAA